AUUUGUCCUGGAAGAAAACAAUACUCAGCAGCUUCCUGCAGGUUCAGCUUUGAAACGAAGCUGCCGCUGGACUGGAGACUUGGGGCAGGUCACCAUGGAAACGUAACCUUCGAUACGUUUAUUGAUGACUCCCAGCUGUCAAUAAACAGAUUUUAACAGGAGAAAUCAACACUUCUUAACGUGAUGGAGUUCCCCCAGCAUUCCCAGCAGCUGCUGGCAGCUCUGCGUUCCCAGCGCCAGCGGGGUUUCCUCUGUGACUGCACCGUGCUGGUGGGCUCAUCUCGUUUCCUGGCUCACAGAGCUGUCCUGGCCUCCUGUUCGCCUUUCUUCCACAUGUUCUUCUCAGACUCUCCGGGGGUCAUUGGAAAUGGCACCAGCAGCUCCGUCACACUCGACAGUGACAUUGUCACGGCGGCUGCGUUUGGAUUGCUCUUGGAGUUUGUCUAUGAAGGCGUGCUGCAGCAGGACGAGUCUCCACCCGUGGAGGACAUAUUGGCAGCUGCAAGCUUUCUGCACAUGAACGAGGUGGUGAGAGUCUGCAAGAGACGACUGCAGAGACGCGGGCCGCUGGCUGAGGCAGACAGUACUCGCUCUGAAGAGAGCGCUGGUGCAAGGAGGGCAGUAGAGACAGGGAGGGAGGGUGAGGAUGACAACGGAGCUGAGCCUGUGGUGGCCAUGGCAGGAGAUCACAUGAAUCCAGUUGCCAUGGCAGCGCCACUCUCAUCAGUAUCUGCAAUGGCAGAGAGGAGUCAGUUGGAGUCUGUGAAGUGUGAGCGGAGGACUAGUGGGGGGUCAUCAGAGGCACGAGUUAAAACUCCACUGAGCCCUGACCUCGCUGACACCACGCAGCCAGGCAUGGACGCCCCUCCUCUGCCCCCAUGCGGAGAGGUGGUGCAGGACGUUGUCACAGGCCGGUCUGUCUCAGGAGGUCACAGCAGGUUGGGGACUGGAGGUCCAGUAGAGGGGUCGGCACUCUGCAGCCCUUGCAGCACCACUGAGACAUACGGCCACAGCACCAACCAGCAGCCCUCCUCCUCGUCCUCCCUGGUUCCAGUGAGUCAGGCGAGUAGUCGCUCAGUGGUUGCUUACUCCCAGUCAGAAUCCAUCCCUCAACAGGACGCACCCCGACUGCCUCAUGAUGACUCUGUGAGGAAACCCUCAGAGGCUGACCACCAAGACUCUUUAGGCGAAGGACAGCCGAUGUUCAUGUUGAUCCAACCGUCGGCACUAACCUCACACAACCCAACACACUCGCCACCACCGCGUGCACUUCCCCAGAUCCGAAUCCAGAGCGCUGUGUCGCUCCAACGCCAAAGCUUGGACUUCCACUUUGCUCGUCAAACUCUUAAGGGACCUGAGGGGAACAUGGGAGCUUCGCCCACCACUCGAAAUGAAAAAUCUCACCCUGUUAUGGGCAGAGCGAGGACAGACGACGAUGAUGGAGAGAAUGUUAAAGUCAAAGUGGAGGCUAUCGUUAUAUCUGACGAGGAGUUGGAGGAGGAGAGAGAGGAAAGCAGGCAGAUAGAACAGGUGAUGGAAGUAGACGAUGAGUUUGAAGACGAGGAGGAGCUGCACAGCCCUCAGUUUCUCUCCUCCCACCCUCAGGGCAUCUUACAAAUGGCCUCCCAUUCAAAUGACUACUCCUUCCCCCUCUCUCCCUCCUCCUCCUCCUCUGGUGCAGGCCCCUCCUCACAGGACACCUCCUCCUUCCCCCUUAUUCCUCCGUCCACAGCUCAGCAGCAUUCAGACCCUCCUGCCUACUUCCAGGACUUCCAGGACUCGAUGGGGAACUUUGUGGAGGACGUCCCCACAUGUGGAGUCUGUGGAAAGACUUUUUCAUGUACAUACACACUGAGGCGCCACGCCAUCGUGCACACGCGCGAACGCCCUUAUGAGUGUCGCUACUGCUACCGAAGCUACACGCAAUCAGGCGACCUGUACAGACACAUACGCAAAGCUCAUGACCACACGCUGCCGGCCAAACGCAGUAAGGCAGACAUGGAGCCCUCCCUGCCACCACAACCUCCUCCACCACCACCACCACCACCACCACCACCAUCAUCUCGUAGCUAACACACACACAUACACACAUUGUUGUAUUUCUAUACUUCUGCACACAUAUGUACCUAAACUUUAACCUAAUAACCUAAAUAACUCUACAUUUAAACCUACAUCGAGCAGAGCUCUUACUUCAAACUUCAGAUUUGCACCCUGCAGACACCCAGGCUUUUAUUCUACUAAGGACAUUUGAUCCCCAUAAUAACAGAAAUACAAGAAUUCACACAAAACAGUACCAGCAAUGUGACAGUGACAUCAGCACUCAUUCAUCAAACCAACACGCUUUAUGUUCAAGUAUGACUGUAGCCUCCCCGAUUUUAUGCUAAAAAAACAUUAAAAAAACAAUUUGGUGUAUAAAGGCCAAAUAUAUUAAAGGAAAGGGUAAGACUAGGGAAAGAAAAACAUUUUUUAAAGGAAACAAAAAACAGUUCAAAGUAAAUUUAAAGAACUUUUCAAUAAUAGUAUGUUUUAAGAAAUGACUUAAAAGACCUUAAAUAGAAGUCAUGUUUUUAACCUUAUUAACAGCCUUAUCUGAUGUUUCCUAUAAGAAAGACACAUGAGCAAAGUAAGCAGUCAUUUCCACACUGAACAAUGUAGUUUUGAAUGAUACAUUCAACAACACAGUUCCAGACAGCAGGGGUUUGUUACAUCACAAACCUAAGGAACCAAUCUCGUCACUCAAGGAGUGCGGCUUUCCAUAUUAUUAGCAUAACGCCAGGGCAAAACAAAGGGUAUUGGAGAAGGUGUGCCUACCAAGUCUCAGAACUUUUCACUUUCAUUUCAACUUGUCAGAGCUCGCCAUCAGCAGUGAUUUAUCCAAAGUUACCGACACAUUAUCAGUGGUAUGAUAAGGUUGUCAGUUUUUGAUGAGCAGAGUUGAAGCUGAGUGACAGAGGGAAGGGCGUAAUUCGAACAUUCAUAGAUCCAUACUCGCAUUGAGGCAUGGGGAUUUUAUUUCAUGGAAAAAUCUUCUGAAUAUGUAAUUUUGAAGAACAGAUAUGCGUUUAUAGGGAGAAGAACUUUAAAGGUCACCAGCACAAAGAUGAUCUGACAUUCUCGGGCAGAGCCUCGGGGUCCAGUUUGUAAACACUCUGUUUUCAGCUAAGCCUCUGAAACAGACAUAGACCUCUGCCUGAGGAUCUCAAAGCACGUACAGCGGGUACGUUACUAAGACCCUUUCCACACUGCACUUGGCCCUGGGCUGAAGCCCAGAGUUUGUGGGUUUAUUCCCUGAAAAUCAACAAAAUACUGGGUUAAAAGCUGCCAGUGUGAAAUGGAGCUAAAGGAAUUUGCUUCACUUUUUUUUUGUCUCGUUACACAAUUUCUUUGUCAUGUCAUCAGUAUGCACAUGCUGAAUACUCACAAUGUAACCACGGUAACUACUGCUUAUUGAAACCAGGGGUACCUAGUAAGCUAGCUAAGCUAAACAACAAAAACAGUAACACUGCUGCUGCUGCAGUGCUGUUUUACACUGCAGGAAAAGCCUGUUUGAGAAGGCCUUAAGAGAUCAGAGAAAUAAAAAUAGAAAGUCUGUAAAGAGCCUUAAAAGUUAUCAAUUUAAAGUUUUUAAAUCUGUCUGAAGCAUCCCGAGAGUCAGUGUAAAAAAGGCUUAAAGAACAAUUCUGGCAGUUGAGGUCUGUCCGGUCUGGAGUUGAUCUGUUAGAUUUUUGGGUCGGGCAAAUUAUGUGUUACUGUUGCAGUAAUCCAGGUGUGAUUAGGCAAACGUGCAUAAAAUGGUUGAUCACAUAUUUUAUGAUAAAAACAUGGUUGCACAAACAUUGUGGGGUGCUGCUCAAAAUUUCAAUUACUUCCAAACCAGACACCAGCUGGCUUUAUCACUAUCAUACAUUUGUAUCUGUAAAAAAUGAUCAGAAAUGUCAUUGUUGUAAGAAGAUUUAGGAGAUAUUGUGACAUCCUACACUUCAUGUUUGUUAUAUUAACUCAAAACACAAACAAGGGAAAACUGUUGCAUUUUUUUUACAACUUUUUAUCACUUACAUGAAUUGUAUUUUGUACGACUGCCUUUUCAGUGUGACUCGUGCCAGCAAAGUUUAACUGAGUGUAAGUGUAGUAGCACUGUACUGUCUAGUGUUUUAUUUACAGGAUGAAACCAACGAACACCUGCACAAAUUCUAAAUUUGAAUUAGAUUGUGCCAUUUGUUAACAUGUAAUGUAAGCUUUUCUUUGCAUCAGUUUUAAUGAAGCUGCUUCAUCACUAAAUGUACACAGAACAUAUGAUGAAGCAGAAAAUCGGUUGUGCCAAACGGCCUUGUCUUUGUCUCGUUUCUAAACUACCUUAUCGUUUUUAUAAAUGCAGCAAAAGUCUUUGAUCAGUAAGAUUUCCUAAAUGAGGCAACUGACCCAGUAAUAUCAAAGUGGCAGCCUUACAAACAUGAAUUUUUCAUGCCAACCCAUUUGUGCAUUCUCAGUGGCUGUCCAGGAUCAUGUACAGUAGUUCUCUUAGCACUGUGGCUGUCUAAACAUAUGUUUUUGCCACAUUUUUCAUAGCCUAUGUUUGACAUUUCUCUGCAGGGUCCAUUAAAAGUUGUCAGAAAACAGGUGUAAUUGUUUAAUUAUUGAACUAACAGUCUACGUGUCUGGUAGGAUAGCAGUGAAGUGAGUGAGGGGGGAAGUUUGGGGACCCACCUUUAAUGUUUUUGGCAUUUCCUACUGCCAAUGUGACCGCUUAAGAUGUUUAACUUUUAACUUUAAAUGUGCCUGAAUGACUGUUUGAACUUCAGAAUUUGCUGUCCUCAAACAUUUCUACAGUUUCUGUAUGUACUGAUGAAAAUGUAUUGAUUAUUAACCACACAAGCCCAAGAGUUUUGGAUACUCAGAAGGGGCAGUUGAGUCUGUGAUCAUUUCAAGAGUUUUAUGGUUGCGUGUGUGCAAAAUUUAAAUGUUAUCUUGUGAAUAAGCACUGUUCAGUAGAAACAUGUUACCAUAUUGUUUAAGUGAAUCAUAAUCACAUUUCUAAGUUAGUCAGCUUUAUCGUUUAUUUCUCUUUAUUUCCCUUAAAACAACAUGUACAAAAAUAUUAACACUGCAUCUGUUAGUUAUUACUCUGCAAUAGUGACAUUGAACAAGUAAGUUUUUCUUUCACUGACAGCCAAUAACCAGCAUACUGUAUAUUUCACUCAAAACAUGCUGAGGUGACGUCAACCUGCCACCUCUGAGCAGGGAGGGGUUUUUUCAGUCCUCUACGGGCCCGUGGAUCUGUAAAGAGACAAAAUGUCAGCAUCCACCUAAACGUCUGUGUCUUUGUAUUUCCAACCACAUGAUAUUCUAAUGAAAUAUUGUUGUCAGUGUAGCUGCUUUUGUCAGUUUUACGGUAAUUGUUCGACUAAAGACAAACAAUAAAAACAACAGAGCCACA